AAAGAGGAACGAAAUAACAUAAACCCUAUUCUCGUUCUCUCAGUCAGCCGUGCCCCACUCCUAUUCCGAAUCGGGCCAAUCCCCCGCUUCUGUUCUCAUCUCGAACAGUAACAGCCCCUCCUCCGAGUCCCCUCCAGCUAUCCUCGCUCUCAUCAGUCCUCUCCUCUACUCUCCAGCUGCGGGUGCAUCUAUUGUAGGACAAGCAUAGUCUUGUUGCAGGAACAUGGCAAAGCAUCAUCCUGAUCUGAUUAUGUGCCGGAAGCAACCAGGAAUAGCUAUUGGAAGGUUGUGUGAAAAAUGUGAUGGUAAGUGUGUAAUCUGCGACUCUUAUGUGCGUCCAUGCACGCUUGUUCGGGUCUGCGAUGAGUGCAACUACGGAUCCUUCCAGGGAAGGUGUGUUAUCUGCGGAGGGGUUGGAAUUUCUGAUGCUUAUUACUGCAAAGAGUGUACUCAGCAGGAGAAAGAUAGAGAUGGGUGUCCGAAAAUUGUGAAUCUGGGAAGUGCCAAAACAGAUCUUUUCUACGAACGGAAAAAGUAUGGUUUCAAGAAAAGAUGAUCAUUAGCAGGGCAAGUUUCGUUUAGCUUCAUGAAAUCACUCUGUUUUGUUCAACAUUGAGGCUAGCCUAUAUUGCUAUUAGGUGCUUUUGCUUAGGAAAUGUGCUUCUUACUGCUUGUAUUUCUUCAUAUUUGACCGAUGCGAUGGGUUGUCUAUGUUGUAUGUUGGAUAUGUUUCCAUGAUCAAACCUUCACUCUCUCUGUAUCAAGUCUAGUUAAGGAAUUUCUGACGUGUAAUUCUCACGCGUAAUUUGUG